GCUUAAUCGCAUGGCUCCCCGGGACAGAUACAGCACAGCAAUUUCCCUACCAAAUUCAAUUCCUGGCUUCCAGCUCCCCCAACCCUUCAUUAAUCACUGGUUCUCUACUGUUCCUUUGUUUUCUUUUUCUUUUUUUAUUAUUUUUUUAAAAAAAAUGCUAAAUACAGCAGUGUCGUGUUAAUCAAAGAAACAUAAGCAACUGUGUAGUCAGUAAUGGUGGAUUCUCCUGUGGGACUCCUCCUCUCUGCAGAAGAAGUCUGUAUUUCUGACACCUCCACCCGUGAUCAAAGCACUCACAACCCCCCAUGUCUCCUAUGUUUCCUUCCAAUUCCCAAAUGAAAUGAAAAGAUCUUUCUUUGUGUGGCGCUAUCAACACUGAAAGCUGCAGCACUGAAACCCCACAGCACCCCAAGGACAAAAUCCCACCCUGCCCCCAUCCUCCAUCAUCAUCCAUCACCACUUCUUUCCGUUCUCCCUUCCUUGCUUCCUUCCUUCUGCUUCCCUCAUCUUAUCUACUAAUAAUGAGUACUACACUCUUCACUUCAUAAAUACCAGAAAUUGAAAGACUAAGCAAAUUAACAAGAUGGGCUCUCUUUGCCUACUCUCUUUUUCUUCAGGUUUGGUCUUAAUCAUCCUCCAGCUAAUGUUCUUGCAUGCACACUCUAAAACAUAUUGGAAAGAUGUUUCAGUCUUGAAGCAGCUCAAAGACAGUGUCGACCCCAAGUCGGUGACUCCUGGCUCGUGUUUGAGCUCCUGGGAUUUCGGGGUCGACCCGUGUGAUAAUCUUUUCGGCGAUAGGUUCACCUGCGGCCUGAGGUGUGACGUCGUCCUGCCUUCCGGGAGCCGAGUCACCGAACUCGCUCUUGACCAGGCGGGUUACUCGGGCUCACUCGCUUCUGUUUCCUGGGAAUUGCCUUAUCUUCAGAAGCUUGAUCUCUCCGGGAAUCAUUUCACUGGCGGGAUUCCCGACUCCUUCUCCUACUUGACUCGGCUUCAGCAACUCGGUCUUUCCGGCAACUCGUUCUCGGGCUCGGUGCCUGACUCUCUCGGCGCUCUUUCCAGCCUCGAGGAGAUGUACCUCGAUAACAACAAUCUUGAGGGGACGAUCCCAUCAAGUCUCAACGGGUUGUCUAAUUUAAAAAGGCUCGAAAUUCAAGGGAAUAAGUUCGCUGGCCCGUUCCCUGAGCUGGGCCAACUGGGCGACCUCUAUUUUCUUGAUGCUAGUAACAAUGCCAUCUCCGGGGAGCUUCCUGCCACAUUUCCGGCAUCCCUCGUCGAGCUUUCCAUGAGGAAUAACAGCAUAGAGGGAAGCCUUCCGGCUAGUUUGAGUAACUUGCCUUAUCUACAAGUCUUGGACCUGAGUCAUAACAAACUCAGCGGGUCAGUUCCCGCGAGCCUGUUCACUCACCCGUCCUUGGAACAGCUGACUCUGUCUUAUAAUCAACUGGGGUGGGUCGAGGCUCCGGCGAAUUCAGGUCUGAAUAGUGAGGUCAUUGCUAUUGAUUUGAGUAAUAAUGAGAUCCGUGGGUUUCUGCCUGGGUUCUUGGGCAUGAUGCCCAAAUUGUCAGCUUUGACGUUGGAAAACAAUAAGUUGACGGGCAUGAUACCGACACAAUAUGCCCUGAAGGUACUGUUGCCGCAGGGUCAAGGGGUCUCCCAAUUUGAGAGGCUAUUGCUUGGGGGAAACUACUUGUUCGGACCCAUACCGGGGCAGUUUCUGGGUUUGAAACCGGGUUCGGUUACGAUUAAUUUGGGAGACAAUUGCUUGUACCGGUGUCCUCUGAGAUUAUUCUUUUGUGAUGGUGGGGAGCAGAAGUCUUUGAUGGAGUGCAAAGCCUUUGCCCCAUUUAUUCCUUGAGAAUAGAUUAUGUGACUCACCUUUCAAUGGAAACAAGGCGGGGUAGUUGAAGAAGACAUGGACUCCCAUCCCAUGUGAAUAUGUGAUGAUGAUUCAAGAUAGAGAUCAAUGAGGGCCUGAAUCAAAACAGAUAGCAUCAAGGCUACUGUGCCCUUCCCAAUGCCAUUGAUUGACCUGCUAUUUUCUUAUCCUCAGGAAUGCAUUUGUGCAGUUUGUUUAUGCCUGAGGCUAAAGACCCACUAGGGAAUUUAGUACAGAAAAGAGAAGAUAUGAUGGACACGAAUUUCAUUCAAUAUUAUGUUGUUCCAGAGCUUGAGAGAGAGAGUAGAAGAAAUGAUCUCUUUUAUUUAUUAUUGUUUGUUUGAGAGUUGUGAGAGAGAUACGAAAGGAAAUGCUAGUCUAACUAGCUUCCUGGCCUCCAGGAGUCUGCUGCAUUUCCCAAGGCAAAGAAAUGAUACAGAGAGCUUAUGAUCUAGGAUGGUACAAUGCUGCCAAUUCUGGCGAUUAUUAUUGGCUGAAAGUUGUAUCAUUUUUCCGUGGUUUUCCCUCUUUCGGUGUGUUGGAGUUCCCGUGUGGAUGGGGAAGAUUUGGGAUGUGGUUUUACCUUCUGCACUAGAAGCCCGUGAAUUGUAUUACUAUAAAUGUUUUCAAGAUUUUGAGAGCAUGGAAGAAAGCAAAAUUUAUCCCCCUGAUGAUGUUGAUAA